GUUAUUUUUUAAGUGUUGCUGACGAGACGCUGAUUCUCCCAACCACAGUAGCUAGUCUGCUAGCUAGCUAACUUUAAAGCUUCCAAAGACAUGAACCGCAAAAGAAACCACAGUUUCACUGAAACAAGCCUUUCUCCCGACGCUCAAAACGCAUUCAUGGACACGCCGGGGCCUGCGGUGCGAGCCGACGAUGAUUUCUUGGAAUUCGAGCCCGACGAGGAGAUACUCUGCUCGGUGAGCGACAUCACCGAACACCUUGGAAGAAACAUAAAAGUGGUGCUCGAGACUGCAUUGUCCGAAAUCAGGAAAAUGGUCAGCGUCAGGAUACGGGUUCUGAAAAUUGAGCUUCGGGAGAAAACAGACGAAAUUGAAGUCCUAAAAGCAAGACUGGAGGUACAAAGAGACGGUAGGGACCCGUACCCCGGCGGAAUGACCACCGAGGCAUCAUCUGUAUUCCGAAAAUCUGACUUGUUCCAUUCGGGCAGCAAGCACAACAACGACCCCAAGAAAGCCAAACCAGCCAUGCCUGGCGUAAAGAAAGAAAACAUAAAUGCCAUUUGCGACUAUCUGAUGAAAGAUAAGAAUUCACGGGGUGCUGAAGCGGACAGCGACCCGAGCAAUCCUCCGUCUGGUAGCGACAGGGACAGCCGCCACGAUCCCCAGCCGCACUCCCUCAACCUGUGGCCGGACACCAUCCCUGACGCGGGGCCUGGAGAUGAGGACUCGGACUCGAACACGGAUGACAUAUUCGGCAUGCUACCAUCGGGAAGCAAACGGAUCUACGACUACGAAUGGAUGACGGGGGUGGAGUACACGUCGGAUUUGAAAGGUAUGAGGGAGCCUAAAUGUGAGACAACACCAGAUGAAGAUGAAGAAGAAAAAGAUGAGGAAGAGGGUGAUGAGUCAAAGAAAGAAAGGGAUGGUGGAUUGGAGCAUCCCUCAGCCCCUUUUUCCCAUGACGCCCACACCCCUGACUUUCCCUUAGCCCUCCAGGGCUCUCCAGGAGGGGAGGGUAACGGUUCUAUGGAGGACCAUGUGGAUCGACUAGAACCAGGACAGCAGUUUCCCUCCCACACAUACCUCUGCCCACUGUGUGGAACCUUCUGCCCCGACUCCUUGUUCCUGGAGGAACACCUCAAGCUGAUACACGGCAACACCACCGGCACCCACAGCGCCCUGCAGUCCACAUCCACCGCACCCCUCACUCUGGGGGAGGGUAGCAGUAACGCCAAGCAUGGGAGCAUGGGGGCCGGAGCCGGGGGGAUGAGCCUAGCAAGAGGAGGCGGGGGAGGGACGAGGGAGAAGAAAGUGGAAGGGGGCUACGAGUGCGGCGACUGUGGCCGCCAUUUCAACUACCUGGGCAACCUGCGGCAGCACCAGCGCAUCCAUACAGGGGAAAAGCCCUUCAUAUGCCCUGAGUGUGGGGAGAGGUUCCGGCACGCUGCCCGAUUGAAGAGUCACCGGCUGGGGCACAACGGCGGGCAGAGCCCCUUCCCUUGCCCCCAGUGUGGGAAAGGCUUCCCGGUGCUCUCAGGCUUAAAGAGGCACCAGCGGGUGCAUACGGGGGAGAGUCCCUACGCGUGCCAGCAGUGUGGGCGGCGCUUCAAGGAGCUGGGUAACCUCUAUACCCACCAGAGGAUCCAUAGUGGUGCCACGCCCUAUUGCUGCCAGCAAUGUGGGAGGAGCUUCCGUCACCUGGGCACCUACAAGAGCCACCGCUGCACCCCCAUACAGUGACAGUGACACUUGUUACCUUGGAGCUAGGCUGGCUAAUUGCUAAGUGUAGCCUAGCCUAGCCAUCACAGGAGCCUAUUGAUAUGCUGUUGAGGAGACUGAGGCAGGAACAUUGAGUGAGUCUAAAGACCCAUACAGACUCAAAAAGGGAGGGUGCCAUGAUGGGAAAGGUCAAAGUGCAUCAUGAGAAAGAGAUGAAAGCAUGACCCUGUUCCAAUACUUCAGAAACACAUCCUUCCUUCCCACUUCUGUGAAAUAAUCCAUGAUUUAUUAACUGGGUGGUUCGAGCCCUGAAUGCUGAUUGGCUGACAGCCGUGGUAUAUCAGACCGUAUACCAAGGGUAAGACAAAACAUUUAUAAUAGCAAUUAGGCACCUCAGGCCUUUAAUGCUUAAUGAUAGUAUAGGUGAAAGCAAUAUGCUUCGCCAACCCAGUCAGCUCAGAUCAGGGAUUACUUCUAGGAAGGAAGGAUGCAUUUUAGUUGUAUUCAAAUAGGAACCAUGCAGGCAUAUCCUGUUGGGAAGAGGACUCACACUACUAACAGAACAGUGUGACUCUGCUGCCACCUUUUGGACUUCUUAUAUUACUGCACAAAUGAAGUUUCAAGGUGGCACUGCUGACUGUUUUAACCUCACUUACCUACCAGCGACUAUUCUGCCCAGAGCAGAUGAGUUGGCAUUUUAUCUUUUUUUUUUUUAUGACAUAACCUAUAUUACUGACCCUAUAUUCUUUACACCUUUUUGGUAUGUCCACCUACAUGAUGAUGACAACAUCACGUGAGACAUUCUUUGUUCAGUUAAACAUAUGCUAUGUAGAACAAACAUAUACCUCUCUGGCAUGUAGAACAAGGAAGCACGUCGGCUCUAUGGCAUUUCUAUCUGCAAAGUUUGACAACUGAACGCAUUCCUGAUAGCUGUAGCCCUUUCAAAUUCACCCCUCUCUUAACAGACUAGUUAUCUACACGGUUCAGGAAAACGUUCAGUUCAAGGUCAAUUAUAUUUCAGUAAAAAAUGACCCCUCUUGUCUCUAUUCACUCCAAUUGUGUAGCUAAAAAUAUCCUCAAUACUGUAUGUGACUGUUGAACACAUAACAAAAGAAGCACCAACUUGUCAAAAAUGUCCAGAAAACAAUGAAUAUUAAAACGGUAAAUGUGAAAUGCUAAUAAUUGACAAUCUGCAUCCUAAUAAACAUUCUUAUAUGGUG